AGCUGUUCUGGAUGGUCAGGUAGAGGCGUCGAGGAAAAACUUAGCAUGUAGUAGUUAUUUUGGAGUAGUGAGAAAUGAAACUCGUGUGACGUGAUUGACAAAAACCCGUGAAAAACAAACUCAUAUGACAGGUGUAACUUUGUAUGUGUCGUGUGUUAUAUGAGAAAUAAUGUCGGGUCUACCAUCAAGGAUUUUAUUUUAUCCCACACUCGCUUACAAUGUCGUCAUGGAAAAGAUCAGCUCGAGACAGUGGUUCAAUCGGGUAGAUCAGACUGUCAUACUUGGUGCCCUUCCGUUUAAAUCAAUGACAGAAGAGCUCGUCCAAAAAGAAAAAGUAAGAGGAGUUAUUACAAUGAAUGAAGAAUUUGAAACGAAAUAUUUCUGCAAUUCAGCCGAGGAGUGGCAAGAUGCAGGCGUGGAGCAAAUCAGACUCAGCACAGUGGACCUGGUAGGUGUUCCUAGUCUAGAGUACAUCCACCAGGGUGUUGAGUUUGCCUUAAGACAUCGAGAGCAAGGCACCAGUGUCUAUAUUCACUGCAAGGCUGGCCGCUCACGCAGUGCGACUAUUGCAGCUGCAUACCUUAUCAGGCUACAUGGUUGUACUCCAGAGGAGGCAUAUAAGAUGCUAGUGUCAAUCCGGCCUCACGUUUUGAUACAUUCAGGGCAGCUGGAUAUGUUGCAGAAAUACUACAAGGAAGUGUUUGGCUCAGAGUCCAGCUAGAAGAUACAAAACAAAAAUGCUGACAUGUAUGCUGAAAACAUACUUUGUGUGUGAAACAUGUUUUCCAUAGAUCUUUAAUGUUGUUUUUUUUGAGUGAUUUUCUAUAAAGACUUUUAAGAAUUUGUAUGCUAUACGUACAUAAAGACACACUGUAUGUUUAAUAAGCGUUUGAGAUCAUUAUGUGACAUUAUUUUAAACUGUGAUUAUAUCCAUUUGGGUCAGCAGCUACAUUGUGAAUAAAACAGUCUUGUUCUAUUACCAUUUUAUAUUUUUAGCUAUUUUAGGCAGUACAUUGCUAAAUCAUAUUUAUUUUUUACUGAUUUUACAUAAUUGGUGUGUUUGUAUUAUGACUUCUUUACAAUCCACACAAAAGCCUGUUUCACUGUCUUUUCUAUAGCUCUUUUCCUUCAUUUGAUUUUUUUUAUAAUGGUACACCAUAUUUACAGAAUUGAAGGAAUGCUUUGUCAGCUAAGCUGAGAACAGAUCAAUUUAUUACCAGGGUCUUUGUUUGACAAAACUACCUUUCUACAUAGCCGUAUCAUCAUCGUGCUUACUUAGCAAACCAAAGCUUUGUAAUAAUUUUAUUACGUUAGUCAAUCGUUUUGCACUUUAAUAAAAUAGACAUAUGUACAUCUGUUCGCGUACUGACUUUGAAAACUGUUUGAAAUACAUUUUAAUAAAUGUUAUGAAAAAGAA